UGGGGAGCCAGGUUGCAGUGGACGGAGCAGGCCCCGGAACUGAGGCACCAGAAGGAGCCUCGGGGUGGCCAGUGUCAGGUGAAAAGGUCUGAGAGCAGCCAGUGCCAGCCAUCUUGCUUCCCGCCCAGCUCCCCUCACUUCCUCCUCCCCCCGAGAGCCUGGGCGGCAGGCUGGCAGGGGCCGGGGUCUCUCAGUUCCUCACGCUUGCUGCGGUACAGGAGGCUCACGGCAUGGAUGGUGGGCUGCACAGGGUCACCGUGUCCUUCUGAGUUCGCUGGGCACAUGGUGGGGAGUGAGGGACGGCUUGGCCCUGCCCCCAAGGGGCACAUUGAGAUCGGGUGGCCAAGGUGCCAGCCCCCUGGACCAGGGGAUCGUAUUCCAGGUAGAGGGACGCCCUGCAGCAAAGGCCCUGAGGUGGGGACGAGCGGGGACAGCUGUGACGUGGGGGUAAACUGAGGUGCCAGCCAGAGCAGGGCAGGAGGGAGCACAGCUUUGCUGGGGCUGUGGGAAGAGGCGCGGCUGGGCCUGCGGACAGCGGAGGCUCCGGAGGAUCAGGGCCAAGAGCUUUCUGUGGGGCGGGGCCUUUGCUCCUGGCGCACCUGCACAGGAGCUCCUGGACUAGGGUCCUCGGCGCCAUGGCAGCAGAGGGUCUCUGGGGGCUUGCCAUGAGACUGUAAUGGCAGCGUGGGGCUCCCCUCAAGGGCCCAGAGCCCCUUCAGGGACAGGCAGCAGCGCAGACCCUGGGACCUCGAGCGUGGGUGGUCAGCCGCCUCGGGCCCAGCAGCACGGAGGCCCUUGCUCACCCUGCAUUCCCACACCUAGAACAUGGAGAAGGCACCUGUGCCGUCCGUGACGCUCAUCGUGGGCUGUGGCGUGUCGUCCCUCACCCUGCUCCUGCUGGUCAUCAUCUACGUGUCCGUGUGGAGGUAUAUCCGCUCAGAGCGCUCAGUCAUCCUCAUCAACUUCUGCCUGUCCAUCAUCUCUUCCAAUGCCCUCAUCCUCAUUGGGCAGACUCAGACCCGCAACAAGGUGGUGUGCACGCUGGUCGCGGCCUUCCUGCACUUCUUCUUCCUCUCCUCCUUCUGCUGGGUGCUCACCGAGGCCUGGCAGUCCUACAUGGCGGUCACCGGCCGCCUGCGGAACCGGCUCAUCCGCAAGCGCUUCCUCUGCCUGGGCUGGGGGCUCCCUGCGCUGGUGGUGGCCAUUUCUGUGGGAUUCACCAAGGCCAGAGGGUACAGCACCAUGAACUACUGCUGGCUCUCCCUGGAGGGGGGACUUCUGUACGCCUUCGUGGGACCAGCUGCUGCCGUUGUGCUGGUGAACAUGGUGAUCGGGAUCCUGGUGUUCAACAAACUCGUGUCCAAAGAUGGCAUCACCGACAAGAAGCUGAAGGAGCGGGCAGGGGCCUCCCUGUGGAGCUCCUGCGUGGUGCUGCCGCUGCUGGCGCUGACCUGGAUGUCGGCUGUGCUGGCCGUCACGGACCGCCGCUCCGCCCUCUUCCAGAUCCUCUUCGCGGUCUUCGACUCGCUGGAGGGCUUUGUCAUUGUGAUGGUGCACUGCAUCCUGCGCCGAGAGGUCCAGGACGCCGUGAAGUGCCGCGUGGUGGAUCGCCAGGAGGAGGGCAACGGGGACUCGGGGGGCUCCUUCCAGAACGGCCAUGCCCAGCUCAUGACUGACUUUGAGAAGGAUGUGGAUCUGGCCUGUAGAUCAGUGCUGAACAAGGACAUCGCGGCCUGCCGCACGGCCACCAUCACAGGCACGCUCAAGCGGCCAUCACUGCCUGAGGAGGAGAAGCUAAAGCUGGCCCAUGCCAAGGGGCCACCGUCCACCUUCAACAGCCUGCCGGCCAACGUGUCUAAGCUGCAUCUGCAUGGCUCGCCCCGCUACCCUGGUGGGCCCCUGCCCGACUUCCCCAACCACUCACUGACCCUCAAGAAGGACAAAGCACCCAAGUCUUCCUUCGUUGGCGAUGGGGACAUCUUUAAGAAGCUGGACUCAGAGCUGAGCCGGGCCCAGGAGAAGGCUCUGGACACGAGCUACGUGAUCCUGCCCACGGCCACGGCCACGCUGCGGCCCAAGCCGAAGGAGGAGCCCAAGUACAGCAUCAACAUCGACCAGAUGCCCCAGACGCGCCUCAUACACCUGAGCAUGGCGCCCGAGGCCGGCUUCCCCACCCGCAGGGACACGGGGGAGCCCUCCGCCCACCCAGGACCAAGCUCGGGGACUGUCACCAAGAACGAAAACGUCACCACCUUGUCUGUGAGCUCCUUGGAGCGGCGAAAAUCGCGGUAUGCAGAACUGGACUUUGAGAAGAUCAUGCACACGCGGAAGCGGCACCAGGACAUGUUCCAGGACCUGAACCGGAAGCUGCAGCACGCGGCCGAGAAGGACAAGGAGGCGCUGGGCCCCGACAGCAAGCCAGAAAAGCAGCAGACGCCCAACAAGCGGCCCUGGGAGAGCCUCCGGAAGGCCCACGGGACGCCGGCCUGGGUGAAGAAGGAGCUGGAGCCACUGCCGCCGUCGCCCCUGGAGCUGCGGAGCGUGGAGUGGGAGAAGGCCGGAGCCACCAUCCCGCUGGUGGGCCAGGACAUCAUCGACCUCCAGACGGAGGUCUGAGUGGGCGGGCGGCGGCCCGCACUGGGCCAGGAGGAGGGAUCUGCUCUGCCCGCUCCGGCCACAGGACGGGCACAGGCACGCUCGCGCGCAGGCCAGGCCUGCACCCCGGCCUCAGGGCACAGACGGCCAGGCAGAGGGCCGGCGCUGGGACCAGAGCCAGACGCAGGACAGGAGGUGGCGCAGCCCGGCAGGCACAGGGCUCCAGAGGCCCAGAGGUGCCUCAGACUCUGCCCUUCUAGGGCGAGCCCCAGCGGGCGGGGGGCUGUGGACAGCGGACAGGCCUGGAUGGGCAGUGUCCCCAGGAUGCCCACCUGAGACUCCGCUGCAGAGGACCAGCCCGUGUGGCCCGCUGGCCUGGCUCCAUUUUUUAGACACCCCCCACCCCUCGGGAAGCAGCCAGACCCCCACUCCCUUCCAGGGCCCUGGGCCCCUCUCAGACCCAGGCAGAGAGCACAGCCCGGACCCGAGGCCCCCAGGGGCAGGACUAAGCCCACUUUGGGAAGACACAGGGUGGGGAAUCUAUUUUUUCUCUCCUUUUCUUUUCUUCAAUAAAAAGAAUUAAAAACCCAA